GCGAACCGAAGAACCAUAGAUGCAUCACAGUUCUCCGCGUCGUGAUCCUCUGUCGUCCGAUCGGUUCCUCGGGAUCGAAAGUGGGGAUCCGCAGGAGAUUCCGUACACGGGUUUCAUCUGUGUCGCUCUUGGAAGACGAUUUCAGUUGGCCAAGAAUAUCGUUCGUUUUCGGACAUAACAUUACGAAUUUUUCUUUUCUUCUUCUUUUUUUUUUUCUUUUUCUCUUCUUGGCCAGAACCGUGAAAAACGCCACAGUAGGAUUCGAAUUUUCGACCUCCACUUUCGGUGGCUGGUUUCACUUAAUUGGUCCAGCGGUUGUCAUCGUUCGUUUUCGCUUCGAUAUAGAAAUCAAUUCUUUACUUGACGGUAAAGGUCGACAACGGAUCACGACAUUGCGUGGUAAAAUCGGAUCGGACGCCACGAUCAACUUCCACCGCGCGAUAUUGAAACAUGGAGAACACGUGACCGUGGCAAAAGUCAAGUAAAAGCCGAGCGAGCCGAACGAGGAGCGGCGAGGAGGGUGUCGAAGGAAGAAAAGCGAUGCCAAGGGCCGCGAGGACAGCGGACGUCGAUCGAAAACGUGCGUUCAGCGAUUGAGGUCAGAGCGAUCUCGAAGCUGCAAAGUGGCGUUGUUUGCUAGGUGUAUCAACGCGCCCGUCCACCAAUAUGAAAAAUAACACGAGCAACCAUGAGAAGAACGGGCCGGAGAGCCUGAAGCUGUUGAGAGUGCCGUCCACGCCGCCGACCACCCCAACGACGCCCACCACUCCGAGCUCCAGGGGCCUCGAGGACGUCUUCAAAGAUUUACCGAUCACCGACGAAACAUCCUGCGGCAUCUGGUGCAUACGGAGCCCGACGUUGCAAAGAUUCGCCAAUAAAAAGGCUUAUGUGUUCCUCUACGGUGUGCUUGGAUGUAUAUUUUCGGCGAGUUACGCGUAUUUCAACGGCACCAUUACGACUAUCGAGAAAAGGUUCAAGAUACCAUCGAAGACGACAGGUCUUAUCUCUGUAGGUAACGAUAUCUCGCAACUGUUUGUAUCGGUGGUCCUGUCUUAUUACGCAGGAAGGGGUCACAGGCCUCGAUGGAUCGCAUUCGGGAUUUAUACCGUGGUUCUCUUUUGCUGUUUAACGAUGUUGCCGCAUUUUUUGUACGGUCCCGGAGAAGACGCCCUUCUGCUCACAAAAGAAUAUGGGGCGAAACCACAAAUUGCAAAUUCGAGUCAGAUACCUGAUAAAUAUCGGAAGUUCUUAUGUUUCGGGAACGAGAGCCGAGAAAACGAAUGCGAGGACGCUGAUGGAAAUUUCGCGCCUCAGGUGUUGCUGUUUAUAGCACAAUUGGUAUCAGGAGUCGGUGGCUCGUUAUAUUAUACUUUAGGAGUAUCCUACAUGGACGACAACAUACAAAAAUCAAAGACACCAGCUUUGAUCAGUUUUUCAUACUUCUUAAGAAUGUUGGGACCGGCUAUUGGUUAUGGUCUGGCUUCGUUUUCCCUGAAAUUCUACAUCAGUCCUUCGUUGACGCCAACGAUUACGACGCAGGAUCCAAGGUGGCUAGGUGCCUGGUGGCUCGGUUGGAUCAUCCUGGCGUUCCUUCUUUUCAUCUUCGCAAGCAUCAUCGCGCUUUUCCCUAAAACGUUGCCCCGAGCCGCAGCCCGUAAGGCUCUAGCGCUGGAACGAAACAAAUCGGCAACCAGCAUAAAGGAGGAUGAAGAACCAGAGUUGCCCGCAUCCUUCUCAGACAUGAUGAGGACGUUUAAAAGGCUAUUGACAAACAUCACUUUAAUGUGCAAUAAUUUGGCAACCGUUUUCUAUUUCAUGGGAUACAUGCCGUACUGGAUCUUCAUGCCGAAGUACAUCGAAACCCAGUACAAACAGUCAGCCUCCGUUUCCUCCUUGAUUACCGGAACAGUCGGUUUGGUCUUCAGCGCCUUUGGAAUUCUUCUAUCAGGAUUAGUUAUCUCCAAGUAUAAACCGAAGGCUAGAUAUCUGGCCGCGUGGAACGUGAUGGUGGGAGCAAUAUCGAUCGUGGGGAUGAUUUCCUACGCGUUCCUCGGCUGUUCCGCUAACGAUAACCAAAUUACGGUUCAACCAGACGGCGCCCUGAAGACUCUGCUACCGUGUAAUGAACAAUGCCACUGCGAUUACGUUACUUAUAAUCCCGUCUGUUCGGAGCAUGGUCAGACGUUCAUUUCAGGAUGUCACGCCGGAUGUCGUAAUAUAAAGAUACAGACGAAUGGUAGUAAGACGUACACGGAGUGCAGUUGUAUUAAAUCAAAAUUCGCACGUUUGCCAUUUUUGUUCGCGAACAACAGUUCGAUACACACAACGGAAGAUCCGUUCGAGAGUCCAGAACCCAAUGGUUCAGUUCCUUUGGGUACCGCAGUACCGGGAGCAUGUCCCGUGGAUUGCAUGCACAAAUUUUACGUUUUUCUGGCUGUGGUUUGUCUGCUGAAAUUCAGUGGAGCCACUGGAAGAGCAUCAAACUUUUUAGUUUCCGUUAGAUGCGUUGAUGAGAAGGAUAAAACAGUGGCUAUGGGUUUCGGAUUAACUAUUAUGAGCUUAUUUGCAUUCAUACCAUCUCCUAUUUUGUUUGGAUUUAUUUUAGAUAAAACCUGUCUUGUUUGGGGGAAAACAUGUUCGGGUACAGGAAAUUGUUGGCUCUAUAACGGAGAAACAUUGAGAUAUCUACUAAACUUUACCGCAGCCACGUUCGUAACGAUCGGCACCUUAUUCGACGUGGGUGUUUGGUAUUUCGUGAAAGACGUGAAAAUCUUCGACGAGGAGAUUGAGCUGAAAGACAUAGCCGAAGAACCAGGGGAGACACUUUGAAAGUGAACAGCCAACGAUCGAAUUCAGAUCGCUUCAUUCCAAGGACAGGUGAAG